GCAGAUUGCUUGAGAUCGUUCAGACCCUGCGCAAGAGUUACAUGGUUUGGCAAGAAGUGUUCGACAACAAAGUGCAGAUCGCCCCAGACACCGUGGUGCAUGUGUGGAAGAAUCCGCCGGAGCACGAAUUGGCUUCGGUAACGUCUGCGGGCUACAAAGCACUGCUGUCUUCCUGCUGGUACCUCGACCACAUAUCGUACGGCAGUGACUGGAAGAAGUACUACGCCUGUGACCCACAGCAGUUCCCCGGUACCCCAGAACAAAAGUCGCUAGUGCUUGGCGGUGAAGCCUGCGUGUGGGGCGAGUUCGUAGAUGGCACUAACCUCAUCAGCAGGACAUGGCCACGUGCAUCGGCGGCCGCCGAGCGGCUAUGGAGUCCAGCCACUGUGAAGAGUGCCAGGGAUGCCGCCCCUAGGCUAGAAGAGCAUCGCUGCAGAAUGACGAGGCGUGGCCUUGCAGUCGAACCUCAGAAUGGCCCUGGAUUCUGCGAGUGCGACAUAGCUAUCUGAGCUCUGCAGCUGCCACCGCCAAGUCCGUCAGACACGGCACACUGUCACAAGCCUCAGAAAUCAAUCAACAAGACGACGCACAAGAAUGUGAUCGCUUCAGGGACAAUAAACACAGUGUUACAAUCGCCAACACAAAGCAGCUUAGAGUAAAGGAAAAUGAAAGUGAGAAAAAAAUAUGCUCUACCUUGAAAUAAAGUAUUUUAUUUUAUAUUCCAGAUGAUACACAUCAAUGAAAUCCAGGCGUCGUCACUAGUACAUUUUUCAGUUUAUGUGCUCUUGGUUUUCUGCCAUUGCCUUUUUUCUCUACUACGAAACGUUUCACAUUUCAAAUAAUAAUCCAGACCGACUCCGGUAACGUUCAGCGCUUCUGUAACAAUUGCAGAUCCUUUUUUGCACAUAAGAAAAACUGUGCAACACAUGAGAAUUAGCAACAAGUAAUCGAAGCCAGCGCGCUGCAUAUCUCAACUCGUAUCUCUCAGUCCAAUCACCAGCUUUGUUUGCAGCGGCCGCACAAGCUCUGGAGAGAAAGCGAACGGGAACGAGCAAAGAUCACCAGUCUUGGACACAACUUUGCGUUUUUCCGUUCAUAUUUGUCGGUGACCGUGCACUGACACAAGGUCGAGUAAUGCUGAGGUGUGUAACCAUGCGCCAUGUCUAUUGAGCCAGGUUGCCGCUGGCUGUGCCAAAUACUUUUUCAGGUUGCAGCCAAACAACAACUGCAUAAUUUUACACGAUGUUAUUUCGCCAUAGUUGAUGUAUUUGUUUCUCAAAAAAAUGUCGGCAGUGUGCCCUAAUGGUGCAAGGCGGGGUCACAGUGGAGCUAGUUCCGGUUUGGCACGUCCCAUGGGUUUGCGGGCUUGGCGUUGGAAGUUCUCGGUGACGCGCAGGCCCGGAACCGAUUCCCGGCGGCGCCGAGCAUUCAGUCGGCAGCGUUCGUUAUUUCUGGCCCGAAAUUCGGGAUCCUCUGCUCGGCAACGGCCUCGGCGGGAUGGGCAGGUUCGGCUCUCCUUCGUCGAUGGUAGUCCCGCUUG